CGUGACCAUUUGGCAAGCACCACGAUUUCUUGUUGUUGGGACGUAGCUUUCUCAGUCAAGGCGUUACUUUUACGCAAGAAAGUUGAUAUUGAGUAUAUCAGCAAACUCAGUGGAAAAGUACAAAUUUCUCAAAAUCAGACGGAUCCAAAAUACACUUGACAUGCUUUUGAAGAGUGUGCUACUCGUGGGUUUGAUCGUUGCAUUUGCCGGUAGCAACAAUGCCCAGCAAGAAAGAAUACUUCGAAUUGUUAGCAUCCUGGAUCAGCCAUAUCUAAUGCAUGGUGACGAUGCGGACAACGGCAGUUAUACGGGAUUUUGCAAAGAUCUGGCAAAAAUGAUUUCUGAAGAAUUGAGGAUGGAUUAUGAAAUUCACCUUGUCAAGGAUGGCAGAUAUGGUGCAAAAAAUAAAUCAGCCUCCGGACAAUGGAAUGGGAUGAUUGGGGAAAUUGUCAAUAAUGAAGCUGACAUUGUGGUAGCUCCGUUGACGGUUACGGCUGCUCGGGCCGCAGUAGUGGAUUUCUCAACGCCAUUUCAAGAGUUUCAAUUUAGCGUUUUGCUCAAGAAACCUGACAUUGAUGAGGACGAAUCAGACGAGGAUGAAACACUGACGGCAUUUUCCCCUUUCCAUUUGUACCUCUGGUUGGCAAUUGUGUUCACAGUACUUGGAAUGGUUUUCAUUUCGCUGGUCAUUGAGUGGUCAUUUAAAAACCCCGACACUCACGGAGAAGGAUUCGUAAAUUUUCUUAGACAAGACUCCAUUUUUCGUCCAGAGUCAAUUACAGGGAAAGUUGUACGCUUCGUGUAUUUGGUAUUCAUCAUCCUUGUCAUUUGUGCAUACACGGCUAGUUUUGCUGUUCAAAGGGAAGCUGACUCACAGUCUGAGGUCUUUGGUAUAGACUCAAUUGAAGAGUUGGUAACAGAAGAUGACAUGAAAUUUGGAAUUAUUGAUGGGGGAUCUACAGAGGCGUAUCUAAAAGGAUCAAAUGAUGAAACGUACACAAAACUGUAUGAAAUUAUUGACCGAGAAAAUACAAAGGUUGAAAACUACGCAGAAGGAUUGGAAAGGCUUCGACUGGACGAAAAGUUUGCUUUUGUUAUCGAAUCGCCCAAAGCUGAAUUCUUUUCCAGCAUGGAACCGUGCGACUUGGAAACAGGACGGGAAGAGUUCGGUCCUACACGAGGAUAUGCAAUUGCGACAAGAAAGGGUAUUAAGCUUAGUUAUGAUGUCAACAUUGUCAUUUUAACACUAAAAGAGAAUGGGAAACUGGAGACUUUGAUCAGAAAAUACUGGAAUAAUAUUGAAUGCUCAGACAAGGAAGAUGGGGGUGAUGAUGAUUCAGGGGACUCGGUUGAAAAAGAUGAAUUUGAUACUCUUAAUCUGAGCGAAAUGGCUGGGCUUUUCUACUUUCUCUUUGGUGGUUUAAUUCUCAUUUUGCUGGUCUGGAUCUUGGAACGAAGAGCUACCACCAAAUGAGCAGACUUGAAGAAGUUAUGAUGAUGAGACCAAGCAUGAAACUACAAUACUUUAAUAGUUUAAAUCCUUGUUUAUUAUUCGUUAUUGGAUUUCAACAACUAAAAAAGUUCUUCUAACUGCACACUCAACAAAUUUUGUCAAACUUUUUUUUCAAAUAAAAUACAUUGGAUUACUUUGUGCAGACAAAUCACAAGGUUCACGAUUUGCUCCGCCUUUUCCACCAGCA